CAAUACACAUGCAGGCCCUCUAGCGUUCUUCCGCUCGGCGCCGCCUCGCCGGUCCCGGGCCCGCUCCCGCCCGCCGCCCGGGAAGCGGCGCUUUCCCGGCAGAACGCCGACCUGACGCCGGACGCCGCCGGGGCGGCCCGGGAGCGCGCGGCCCCUCUGCCCGCGGCCAGGACGACCCUCACGCCCCCGCCGCGGCCCAGCCCGCCGGGGCUUCCCACAGAGGCGCCGGCCCGCCCCGCCUCCCCCACUCCGCGCGCGCCAACUCCCAGCCCGCGGCCCUGAUUGGCCGCCGCAUUCCCGCUUUCCUUCCCGAACCGCCAUUUUGAAAAUCUUGUUGAUUCUGGGCAGCCGAGAGCGCGGCGCAAGCGUCACGCCAGCGAGCGGCCGGCGCGCGUCCUCCUCGGUGCCCGUCGCCGCCUCCCGGAGCGUCUUCGUGCCCUCGCGCGCCAGGCCCGCGGCGGCCGGGACCCGUGGUCCACAGCAUGUCCUCCUCCGGCCCUGCUGCAGAGGGAGAGGGAGCCCCCGCCCAGCCCGCGUCCGAGAAAGAGCCCGAAAUGCCCGGCCCGAGAGAAGAAAGUGAAGAGGAGGACGAGGACGACGACGAGGAGGAGGAGGAGGAAGAGAAAGAAAAGAGUCUCAUCGUGGAAGGCAAGAGGGAAAAGAAAAAAGUAGAGAGGUUGACAAUGCAAGUCUCUUCCUUGCAAAGAGAGCCAUUUACAAUUGCACAAGGAAAGGGGCAGAAACUUUGUGAAAUUGAAAGGAUACAUUUUUUUCUGAGUAAGAAGAAAACGGAUGAACUUAGAAAUCUACAUAAACUGCUUUACAACAGACCAGGCACAGUGUCCUCAUUAAAGAAGAAUGUGGGUCAGUUCAGUGGAUUUCCAUUUGAAAAAGGAAGUAUCCAAUAUAAAAAGAAGGAAGAAAUGUUGAAAAAAUUUAGAAAUGCCAUGUUAAAGAGCAUCUGCGAGGUUCUUGAUUUGGAGCGAUCAGGUGUAAAUAGUGAACUGGUGAAAAGGAUCUUGAAUUUCUUAAUGCAUCCAAAGCCUUCUGGCAAACCAUUGCCAAAAUCUAAAAAAAGUUCUAGCAAAGGCAACAAGAAGGAACGGAACAGUUCUGGAAUGUCCAGGAAAGCUAAGCGAACCAAAUGUCCUGAAAUUCUGUCAGAUGAAUCUAGCAGUGAUGAAGAGGAAAAGAAAAACAAAGAAGAGUCUUCAGAUGAUGAAGAUAAAGAAAGUGAAGAGGAGCCACCAAAAAAGACAUCCAAAAGAGAAAAACCCAAACAGAAAGCCACUUCUAAAAGUAAAAAAUCUGUAAAAAGUGCUAAUGUUAAGAAGGCAGAUAGCAGUACCACCAAGAAGAAUCAAAAUAGUUCCAAAAAAGAAAGUGAAUCUGAGGAUAGUUCAGAUGAUGAACCUUUAAUUAAAAAAUUGAAGAAGCCUCCUACAGAUGAAGAGUUAAAGGAAACAGUAAAGAAAUUAUUGGCCAGUGCUAACUUGGAGGAAGUCACAAUGAAACAGAUUUGCAAAGAGGUAUAUGAAAAUUAUCCUGCUUAUGACUUAACUGAAAGAAAAGAGUUCAUAAAAACAACUGUUAAAGAGCUAAUUUCUUAAGAGGACAGAAACAGAUGACCUGUACCCAUGGAUUUAAAGAUCUGAUUUAUACCAUUAUACCAGCAAAGAGAAUGUAUUUCCUUUUCUAAAUCUUUGCAAGCGUUGUGUUGGUAGAACUUCCUUCUGACCUUUUUAUCUUGAGUGUUAGGUGAAUUUGCGUUUGCCAUUUUAAAUUGCAUUUCUAUGCAGUUUUUAGUUUAAAUUUUUGCAUGGCAGUAAUUGUCCCUUGCUUUUAUAGUUGUAUUUUGUACAUUUUGGAUUUCUUUAUAUAAGACUAUAGAUUCUUGAACUGUUGUAGUUUUUAGUGUGCGCGCAAUAUUAGCUUAAGACAUACUUUUAAUCGUAGAACAGAAACGAUCAUAACUGGCAUUUAUACAUGCAGAGACUAUUGCAGUAUUUAGCAUAUGAAAUAUUUUGAAUACACAUCUGUCAGUGUGAAAACUCAGUGGCAGUGUGUUCAUCAUAUUAAAAAUACACAAGCUUCAGCCGUCCAGAUGACUGAAUCAGAACUUUUCUCCUGCAUGUGUAUAUAUGUCAAAUUGUCAGCAUGACAAGAGUGACAGAUGUUAUUUUUGUAUUUUUAAAAACGAAUUUGUUGUAUAUAAAGUUUUUUUAUUUCUUUUGUGCAGAUCAAUUUUUAAACUCAUAUAAGUACGUAUCUUUACAGUUAUUAUAAACUAUGAAAUGUCAGUGUUCAGCCAGAUGGUAUGACGGAGCAGUGAAAGUCAGAAUUCAGUGAAGAAAAUACUGAAGGAACAGAUAGUUCUCUGCUUUGCCUUGGAAGUGUCAUCAAUUUAUAGUUUUAGUGUUAACCCUGCAACAGUGUCUGUAGAUACGUUUUAUAGUGAGGAUAGACCAAAAUCAACACAUCAAAACUUCAAAAAUUUGGGAGAGUUGGAUUAAGUAGAAGCACAUUUGGCUUAUAAUAAAUGCACUGAUUUUUAUUAACUGCUUUUGCCCAUAUAAAAUGCUGAUAUUAACAGGAAACCUGGCCACCUUUAUAAUUAUGGUGAAAGUACCAGUUGUAAUUCCAGAUUAAGAUAAUGUGUAGACAGUAGUGGGUAUCUGACAAAGUAUUUCUCAAAAGUGGUAACAGACUUAUUUUUAACCUUAAAGAAACUUAAUGUAUUUGUGGAAUCAGGGGUGUUAGGCUUUACAUUUUGGCCAAUUAGGAUUCUAGGUGAUCAACAUAUGGACCACUCCUGAAUGAGACUAAUUUUGUCUUUUAAAUUAACUGUCUUAAUCGGUUUAUUAAAUAAUCUCUUAAUUUUAAAAUAAAACAUGCUGCUUAUACAAGAAUUAGGCCUUUGAUAAACCAUUGAAUGUUUAAAAUAUCUUUGCAUCAUAGAACAGAAAUAUAUAAAAAUGAUAUAUGUUGACUGUUAACAGGUGUUUUCACAGGUUUGACUUGUUUCUUGAUAAAGUUAUUAAGACAUUAGAGAAAGGUAUACUUAAUACAAAUGAAUGGAAUAAACAACUAAAUGAGAUUUAAUAAUUGGCAUUUGGUUUUAAAU